AUGAUUCGGGCUUAUGAUUGCAUCCAAGAGGACUUCCUGGGCUGCGACCCCCAUCAUCUGGUGGAGUCAGCGCAUCAUCUUAGCAACGACGAGCGGAAGACUCUGAAGUACCAGUUCAGAGAGCUGCCAGAGGUUCUCAAUGCAGUAGGAACCGUGAAGGCACUGCCGCCCAAGCUGGGUAAAUCUGCCAGCCAACCGUUUUCGGACGAUGGCGACAAGAC